AUGGAGAGGGGCGUGGGAAGAUGGGGCAGUGGUGUGGGGGGUGAGGUGGAUAAAGGCAGAGGAGGUGGGAGUGCUUUUGGAGACUCUGACCACAGCUGCACCAGUGCUCGUCCACAUCAGGCACCAGUGCUCGUCCACAUCAGGCACCAGUGCUCGUCCACAUCAGGCACCAGUGCUCGUCCACAUCAGGCACCAGUCCUCAUCCUGCUGCUGCGAUGGACAUCAGGACUGUGCUGCUGUCUGUGCUCCUGCUGUCCCUCCACUGGACCCGGGCUGCAGUCAUCACUGGGUGGAGUGGAGGGCGACGAGUGCCACCCAUUCAGCCACAAGAUGCCCUAUCACGGAAAGCGUCUGCACCACACCUGCCCCUGCCUCCCUCACCUGGUCUGCACGAGAUAUGGUGACAACAGAUACAAAUGUACAGAGGACUUCAAAAACCUGGACUUCUAA